UUCUGUCUCUUUCUCUCUGGGGUGUCCUUGCUGUUUUUGUAAACAUAAUUGAAGAGUUUUUGGGGUUGUUUUUUUUAACCUCCCGCCUGAGCUUAUUAAUGUCGCUCUCAGUAUCAGUUUCUGUUUGCCUCGUCAAAUUCAUUCCUUUUCCUCCCCGUCCAUUUAAUUGAACCCGUUUUAAAAAAACACAUAAUUAGCAUUUAAAUCUCCUUUCUACAGUCUCUUGCCCUCCCUACAUAUCUCUCUCUCUCUCUCUCUCUCUCUCUCUCUCCCCUCUCUUAGUCUUGCAGACUCUACAUGUCUCAGUCGCUACGGCAACCGAUGCUUUUUUUCCCCUCACUUGCUCUCUGUAUCUCCCCCUUCCUCUCGGUCUCCCUCUCUCAUUCCCUCUCUCCACUGCCAGAGGUAGGCAUGAUAACUGAUAUGUGUCGGAGUGCGUGUGUGUCUGUGUCCGUCUCCCGGUGUGCUCGUGUGUUUCUAAAGUGACAUUUCUGUGGCAUUUAGGCAGCAGUUGUUGGAUAGGAAGUUACCUCUCAAAGUGCCAUAUAGAGUACUGGCUCCAUGCAUGACGCCUCUAAUGAUGAUUAAUGUGCUGUGCUCAGGUGUGCGCACUGUAAAUGUGUGUGAGAGAGCAGAACAGAAAAUGAGCGUGUACUUUCGGGUGUUUUUGCAUGCAGAUGUGGAUUGUAUGAACAUGUGGCGCAUAAUUGAGUGUUAGAUUGAAAAGCCCAGGGGAGUCUGUGUAUAUUUUUUUUAUAAAAAAAAGUGACGGAGUUGGUUUUGUUCCAUUCCUCUUGCCUGUUUCUAUGUUAACAUAUUUUUUUAUCUGGCAACAUAAAAGAAGGAAAAAAAGCUGGACCCUCCCCCUUUCUCUCCCUCUCUCUCUCCCUCUCUUGCCCCUCUGUCCGAUCUUACAGAGAGAGAUGAGUGGAGGAGCGGAGUCUCAGUGAAUAGAGCGAAGCGAUGGAGAGAUGCUCCAUCUCUCUUGUCGCACGACUGACUGCCCUCCGCUGGCUCGUUUCCCUCCUCCUGGUUGCUCUGGUGACACAGCCCUCCACCUGUAACCGUGACGACAGUGAGGGCGAGGAGCAGGUGGACGCCCUGUCGGUCCAGCUGUCCGUCACCGCCCAGGUCACACCCACCCCUCUGUGGGCUGUGGUCUGGGGUCCCACGCAGCCUCUGGAGGAUGAGACCUACCACUUCCUCUCUACCCAGGAAACUGACCCCCUGCACCAGCAUGGGAACCAGCAGGAAGCCAACACCGCCACGUCCAAGGACUGGCCUUAUCCUGGUGCAAGUAUGCAGCCCAGAGAGGAGGCACCGCUGGAGUCUAGGAACCAGGAGGGAGUGGAGGACGGAGGGACGGAGGCGGAGGAGACGGAGCCUGAGGAAGUGGACCCUCAGUUCUACGUCACCGUGACCAUCUCCUCGCUUCUCAUCCUGACAGCAGUCGUCAUUACAUCCAAACUCUGUUACGAUCGCAGCUGUUCCCAGCAUCCGCCCCCGCUUUCCCGUGGCGUGGCUCCCCCCCUCUCCCUCGCGCUCCCUCGUUCCCUCGCUUCGGAGGACAGCCGGCAGACGUUGCACAGCACCUCCUCCUCCUUCGCCGACAGGGAGAGGAUCCCAGUUGUGAACCUCUGAGGUGACUGUUUUUCCAUAUGGUAAACAUUUCUAUGGGGCCUGAGGACGAACAUCAACAUGACCAGAGGGUGUGCCCACAGCGCUGUUUUAUUUUCUCUGAAACUGUGAAAUGAAUUCAGGGAUCCCAGGUAUCCUAAAACUCCUCAGCUCCCCUGAGGUCUAAAAAACCCAAACUCAUCUCCCCGCUGCUCCCCCCCGCCCCCCUUCCUUCCGUCCUUCCUCUGUGCUUGGUGUAAAUUUCUUUUAUGUGGCGCCGCGUCAUUUUAACCUGCUCCCUGUUUUCCAUCGCCUGUAUGGCCCCCGAGCUCUGCCAAGUUACCCAUCCACUCGCUUCGACCUGCCAUGACUAAUUCACAAACAAGCAGUUUAACCACCAUGCAACAUCCCAUUAACCCAGAUAUGCCCUACCUGUGCUUCCACAACUGUUUCCAGUGAUCCAGCUGCACAUGAGAAGCCGUUCAGUAUUAAUUCUAACCUCACUGACUGUUCUUUUAUGAAAUGAUGCUCAAAUUCAGUUCAGUCUAGCAGGCUUGUAUCUGGGUUGUAAAUGGUUAAAAAAAAGCCAUUCUCAGCAUCUCCAAAUACUGAACGGGGUAUUUCACAAAGCUGUUUGGCACGGCUGUAGCCAACAGGCAAUGUGUUUAACAUGUCACGCUCCAAAAACUGCUGUUUAUUCCCCGCUUUGGGCGCCUGAAAUGCAAAUAGUGUGGCUUUUUUCCUCAGCAAUGUGUAGAGGAGACUGUUUUGUUUCAGUUUUUCCUCAUGAUUUGUUCUCUUAAUUAUCUGGCCGACGUUCACCUCUUUGUGAGCACUCUGUUCCUGCUGGACUGUGUAGAGGUGGGUUAAGCAGAGAGUGGUGGAGAUAAAAUAUUCAGAACAGGGAUGGAUAGAACAAGCAUUCCUGUUGAAAAUCAAUGAUUCCCAAAGGUUUGGGAUGGUGCACAACAUAGACAGAUUUAUGUCGUCAUGGAAAUGAGCAUCUGUGAACAGUACCAGUGAUCAAAGGACUGAUGUUACAACAACAAGGAAUUUUUUCCACCUGAAAGCCAUCAAUCUGGAAAACAAAACCACCAUCAUUCCCUUCAUAUCAUUACCAAGUCACUCUAUAUCAGCUGUCUUGGGUGCACCAAAGGAAAGUAGUACAUCAAGGAGCAUAAUUUCUGUCUCUCCAAUGAAUCUGCAUGUAUACAGUAAGAAAACCUGUGAGAGUUGCUUCAAAUCUAUUAUUUAUAAAUGUCUAUUUUAUCUAUCAGCAAGUGAUAUCUUACAGAACCUUUCAAAGCCAAAUGUCAGUUUGUGUUUGGCAACUUUUUUAAGCAGCUUUGAGACAUGAACCCCCCACGUACACACAUUUCCACUACACACAUAGUGCUGGUGGCAUCAUGCGUGGCUCGUGCAAUCCUCCAGAUAUCCAGUCUUGUGAUUUUUAGUAGCAAUCCUGUAGAAAUGCGGUCUUUCUGUACCAUCGAAGUUAAAUAAUAAAGACUCAGAACUGGUGUUUUA